AUGUCCAAUGCUUUUCUUCAUACUAAUAUCAUGCUUCUGAGAGCUCAAGAAGUUGACGAACUCUUGGAUGGAUCAGAAGAAAAAUAUAGAGCUGCCGGUGCUGUUCCAUCCACCCCACGAGUUGAAGGAGGUGUAUCUCGUACUGCUGCCAAGACUCCUGCUGCCGGAUGGGCAGGGCAACAAGUUACUAGUGGUUCCCAUCAUCUUGAAUCCGUUCCAUGCUCUUGCCCAAUAGCACAUUCUCGUGGUCGCAUGAAGCAUCGCGAAUUGGUUUACUCGGCUGAAGAUUUGGAAAUGUCGAAAAGAGUGAUGGAAAACGCCGAGGAAGGAGAAGAUCUUGUUCCAAUUCGCCUGGAUAUGGAGUUGGAUGGAAUCAAGCUACGUGAUACAUUCUGCUUUAAUCGGAACGAGAAGCUGAUCACUCCGGAGAUGGUCGCAGAGAUUAUGUGUGAGGACUUGGAUCUUCCGUUGGCAGUCUUCCAGCCAGCAAUUACUGCUGCGAUCAAUCAGCAGCUCGAAGCUUCCACCGAAGCUCCUCCACUCGAUCCGAAUAUUUGUGACCAGCGAGCUGUUUUGAAACUGAACAUCAACGUUGGAAAUCAGAGUCUUGUCGACCAAUUCGAAUGGGAUAUGUCUGAUCCAAACAAUAGCCCCGAAGAGUUCUCCAGAAAUAUUUGCAAAGAACUGGGUCUUGGAGGUGAAUUCAUGUCUGGAAUCGCGUAUUCGAUUCGAGGUCAGUUGCAAUGGAAUCAAAGAACCUAUGCGUUCUCGGAAAGUCCUUUAGCGACAGUUGAUUGCCCAUUCAGAACCGCAACUGAAGUCGAAUCAUGGGGACCGUUCCUCGAGACUUUGACAGAUGCUGAGAUUGAAAAGAAAAUGCGAGAUCAAGACAGAAACACCAGAAGAAUGCGUCGUCUCGUCGGAGGCGGUUUCAAUUAUUAA